UGGCUUGACUCACGAGUCUCACAAGAAGGAUGUUGAACAGGUCUACCUCCGCUGUUCCGAAGGCUCCAUAGAGUGGAUGUAUCCCACGGGAGCACUCAUAGUCAACCUGCGACCCAAUAUUUCACCUGCCUCUUACAAACAUUUGACUGUUUGCAUAAAGCCCUUCAAGGACUCUGCAGGAGCAAAUAUUUAUUUGGAAAAAACUGGAGAACUGAAACUCUUGGUCCGAGAUGGAGACCGCAGCCCCAGCAGAGUGUAUUGCUUCGGCUACGACCAGGGGGGUCUGUUUGUGGAGGCCACUCCUCAGCAGGACAUUAGCAGGAAGAUUACAGGCUUCCAGUACGAAUUGAUGAGCAAGGGGUUAGCAGCUGAUUUGCACACAGCUUCUGGUGAGUUCCGGGGUAUUGGUCAUACUUUCACGUCCUGUACUGGAUGUAUAACAGAUGGCAGA